GUCACUGUGAACCAUGGCUUCACUUAAACUUUCCAUUUCCUUUGAUAGAUAUGAUUCAAAGAAGGUCAAUGUAAAUCCAGCUCAACUUUCAAAUUUGUGCUCGGUUUCUUCGAUUCUUAGCUACCUUCAUGUAAGUAGAGCUUGUAAAAUCAAUUCAGUGACUAGGGUCAAUCACAUUAAGGUCUCUCGUUUUGACACUGAAUUGCCUGAAGUGACCGAAUCUAAUAUAGCUGAUAGCGACAUUGUUUUGUCUCCAACUAAAGGUUUGGUAAAGGAGAGCUUGAUUGAGAAAAACCAGAAUUUAAAACGCGAAGUUGAAAAAAGGUUUCAGGGUACAAAGAACGGGAGUAAAAGGGAGGCGGGUUUGAAACUUAGGUACAGAAGGAAUGGUGGUGAACGAGAAACAGAGAAUUUGUUUGUGGGUGAUGGUGAAUUGGAUGUUAAUUACUCUGCUAUUGGGUCAGACUUGAGUUUGGAGCAGUGUAAUGCCAUUUUGAAACGGCUAGAGAAGUGUAGUAGUGAUAGCAAAACUCUGGUGUUCUUUGAGUGGAUGAGAAGCAAUGGGAAGUUAGAGCAGAAUGUAAGGGCUCAUUCUUUAGUUCUUCGAGUGCUUGGUAGAAGAGAAGAUUGGGAUGCAGCAGAGACGAUGGUUCGGGAAUUAAGUUCUAAAUUGGGUUGUGAAUUGGAUUGUCGGGUUUUUAAUACUGUUAUUUAUGCUUGUUAUAAGUUGGGGCGGGUAGAGUUGGGUGCAAAGUGGUUUCGAAUGAUGUUGGAAAAUGGGGUUCAGCCUAAUGUUGCUACCUUUGGGAUGCUUAUGGGGCUUUACCAGAAGGGUUGGAGUGUUGAGGAGGCACAAUUUACUUUUUGCCAAAUGAGGAACUUUGGGAUUGUUUGUCAGUCUGCAUACUCAGCGAUGAUCACAAUUUUUACCCGUUUGCGUUUGUAUGACAAGGCGGAAGAGGUUAUUGGUUUGAUGAGAGAAGAUGAAGUGGUACUAAAUUUGGAGAAUUGGUUAGUAAUGCUGAAUACAUACUGUCACCAAGGCAAAUUAGAGGAAGCUGAACUGGUAUUAAUCUCAAUGCAUGAAGCAGGGUUUUCCCCAAAUAUUGUUGCAUACAAUACAUUGAUAACUGGGUAUGGGAAGAUAUCCAACAUGUAUGCUGCUCAACGCGUAUUUCUGGGCAUCCAGGAAGUUGGACUAGAGCCUGACGAAACUACUUACCGUUCCAUGAUUGAAGGUUGGGGUCGUGCAGACAAUUAUAAGGAGGCAGAAUGGCAUUUGAAGGAGCUCAAGCGGUCGGGAUACAAGCCUAACUCAUCUAACUUGUACACACUAAUAAACUUGCAAGCCAGACAUGAGGAUGAAGAGGGUGCUCUAGAAACUCUUGAUGAUAUGCUGAAGAUGGGAUGCCAAUGCUCCUCCAUCCUUGGAACUCUUUUGCAGGCAUAUGAGAGAGCUGGAAGGAUUGAUAAAGUGCCUCUGAUAUUGAAAGGUUCUUUAUAUGACCAUGUUCUUGUUAAUCAGACCUCUUGCUCUAUUUUGGUCAUGGCAUAUGUGAAACACUGCUUGGUGGAUGAUGCCAUAAAAGUGUUGGGGGACAAAGUCUGGAAGGAUCUAUUUUUCGAGAAUAACUUGUAUCAUUUGUUGAUUUGCUCAUGCAAAGAGUUGGGUCAUCUUGAGAACGCUGUUAAGAUAUACACUCAGAUACCUAAACAUGAUGACAAGCCAAACUUGCACAUUUCAUGCACAAUGAUUGACAUUUACAGUGUCAUGGGUCUCUUCCCCAAAGCUGAGAAACUUUAUCUGAAGUUGGUAUCUGCAGGAAUUGCCCUGGACAUGAUUGCUUUUAGCAUUAUUGUAAGAAUGUAUACCAAAGCCGGAUCUUUGAGCAAGGCUUGCUCUGUUUUAGACAUGAUGGACAAGCAGAGGGACAUUGUUCCAGACAUUUAUCUGUUCCGUGAUAUGCUCCGCAUAUAUCAGCGAUGUGGCAUGCUUGAUAAAUUGGCAGGCGUAUACUAUAGCAUUAUGAAGAAUGGAGUGACUUGGGAUCAGGAAAUGUACAAUUGUGUGAUAAACUGCUGUGCUCAUGCUCUGCCAGUUGAUGAGGUUUCCAGGAUUUUUGACGAAAUGCUUCAGCGAGGGUUUUCUCCUAAUACUAUUACCGUCAAUGUCAUGCUUAAUGUUUAUGGAAAAUCCAAGCUUUUCAUUAAAGCUAAAAGGUUGUUCUGGAUGGCCCAGAAAAGAGGCUUGGUCGAUGUGAUCUCUUACAAUACUAUUAUAGCUGCAUAUGGCCAAAAUAAAAAAUUGAAAAACAUGUCGUCAACAGUUCGAAAGAUGCAAUUUAAAGGAUUUUCAGUUUCUCUUGAAGCCUACAAUUGUAUGUUGGAUGCUUAUGGGAAAGACAAACAAAUGGAGAUCUUUAGAAGCGUCUUACAGAGAAUGAAGGAAUCAAAAUGUGCUUCUGACCACUACACAUAUAACAUAAUGAUCAAUAUCUAUGGAGAGCAAGGGUGGAUAGCUGAAGUCACUGGCGUUCUCUCCGAAUUAAAAGAGCGUGGACUUGGACUUGAUUUGUGCAGCUAUAACACAUUGAUCAAGGCUUAUGGAAUUGCAGGAAUGGUUGAAGAUGCUGUACAUUUGGUCAAGGAAAUGAGAGAAAAUGGGAUAGAACCUGAUAAGAUAACCUACAUCAAUUUGAUCACCACACUGCAGAAGAAUGAUAAAUUUUUAGAGGCUGUUAAGUGGUCCUUAUGGAUGAAGCAGAUGGGUUGGUGACAGAGUUAAUGUUAUAAUAUUUCAGGGUUUGUUGCUUGUUAAGCCUCUACACUUGAAAACAGUCUGGGCCCGGGACUGGUAGAUGGGAUAGUAGGUCCAUGUUGUUCCCUUCCGUUUUGCUUGCAGACAGUUGUAAUAUUACAUAGUCCAAUAUUAGCUGAAGCUCAAACAGCUUUCGAGAGGGUACAACUCUAUUCUUUGAGGUUUCUGGUCAAUGCAUAUGAAUGUAGUUGGCAUCAGAUCUCUUCAACUUUAUGUUGAUAACCCUGUUUGAUGUAGCAUAUCUGCUGAUAAUGUAGUUGAGGCGGCUGAAUUAAACCGUUCUUGACACCCAAGCCAAGCAGCAGUACAGGAAAUUGGUUGGCAUAUGCUGUAAAAGAAGAUAAAGAAUUACAAGCAUCUGGGUAAAAUUUUUUCACUAAGAGGGGUACAAAAAAAUGAAGGGGAGGUAAAAUGUCACCAAAGGACUCAAAUGAGGCUGCACCUUUCUUAUGGGUAGAUGCCACCAAGGCUCAAAACUUUCUAUGAUUGUGCCAAGAGUUUAACUUUUUGGGUACCCGGGCAGUGUUGCUUGUUUUAUCUAGUUAAAUUAUUGCAAUUCAUUAUAGGAUUGGUGUUUGUAAUUCUAAGUUGAUUAUUUUUUUUACCCCUUAAAUCAAAAUGGGUUGAAACAGAUACGUAGAAAUCUUCAGCUAUUUCGCUUUGUGCAAUGUAGUGUUAUUUCGCUUUGUGCAAUGUAGUGUACUUAUGCUGAUGAAUCUAUUGAAAAAAAACUUUGGAUAUAGAUCUA